CGCUUCCAUCCAAAAACACCUUCGUCGCUGUUCCCGACGACGACCAUGUCGCUCCCUGCAACCCUGCGCAUUCGUAGCGCCCAAAAGUCCACGUCGGCCACGUCCUUCACUCGCUCAAGGUCGACUGUAGCCAGCUCGUCCAUCGUCGAUGCAAAGUCAAGGGUGAGGGAGCAUGCUCGCAACAUCAGCCGCUCGACAGCCCGUGAAGCUAUUCCAGCACCAUCGAUCCGACCAUCCCCCGCUCCAGGCUUCCAACAACUGCCUACGCCAAACAACGUUCCAUUUCCACCGCCAUCUCUUGAAACUGUAGGCAAUGGACCCUUGGAUCAUUCUUUCGUGGGCAUGUCAGGUGGCCAGAUAUUUCACGAGAUGAUGCUUCGACAUGGUGUGAAGCAUGUGUUUGGAUACCCAGGAGGCGCAAUUCUCCCCGUCUUCGAUGCCAUCUACAACUCCACCCACUUCGACUUUGUCCUUCCUCGCCAUGAGCAGGGUGCUGGUCACAUGGCCGAGGGAUAUGCCCGUGUAUCCGGAAAGCCAGGAGUCGUUCUCGUCACUUCAGGGCCAGGUGCGACGAACGUCGUGACGCCCAUGCAAGACGCCCUGAGCGACGGUGUUCCCCUGGUUGUCUUUUGUGGACAGGUAGCCACUUCUGCUAUCGGAUCAGAUGCCUUCCAAGAAGCCGACAUCGUCGGUAUAUCACGGAGUUGCACGAAAUGGAAUGUUAUGGUAAAAGAUAUUUCUGAGCUUCCUCGGCGUAUCAAUGAAGCGUUUAAAAUCGCCACUUCCGGUCGUCCAGGACCCGUACUCGUCGACCUGCCCAAAGAUGUUACAGCUGGUAUCUUACGUACCCCCUUGCCAUUCAGGGCUACGACACCUGGCUCGCAGAAUCUCCCUACUAACCCUCUGCAGCCCCUGCAGCCACCUACUGAUGUCAUGCUUAUCAAACAAGCUGCCGAUCUCAUAAAUCAAGCACAGCGUCCUAUUAUCUAUGCCGGCAACGGUGUCCUUUCGUCACCGCUGGGCCCUCAGCUCCUUGCUCAGCUUUCUGAGCAGGGUAACAUCCCGGUAACGACGACCCUCCAAGGUCUCGGUGCUUUCGACGAAACGAAUGAGAAGAGCUUGCACAUGUUGGGUAUGCACGGUAGCGCUUACGCCAACCUUGCAAUGCAGCAGGCCGACGUGAUCAUCGCUCUCGGUGGUCGAUUUGAUGAUCGUGUGACUGGCAAAGUCUCGACAUUUGCCCCCGCUGCGCGUGCUGCAGCUGCGCAAGGUCGCGGUGGUAUCAUUCAUUUCGAGAUUCAGCCGAAGAAUAUCAACAAAGUUGUCGAUGCUCAGAUACCUAUCUUGGGAGAUGUCGUUUCGAACAUGGCUGCUCUCGUUCCUAUGAUUCGUUCGGCCCCACGCGCACAGUGGUUUACAGAUAUCAAGGAAUGGAAGCAGAAGUAUCCUUUCACUUAUGUGAAGAGCUCGUCCCAGUCGGAUGCGCGUAUAAAGCCACAGGAGGUGAUCGAGGAGCUUGAUAAGCAGACUGCUCACCGGAAAGAGGACAUCGUAAUCACUACUGGUGUAGGACAGCACCAGAUGUGGGCCGCACAGCAUUUCAGAUGGAAGUACCCCCGAUCGAUGGUGACUUCUGGUGGUCUGGGUACGAUGGGCUUCGGGCUUCCAUCAGCUAUUGGUGCCAAAGUCGCUGCUCCACAGAAGACUGUCGUUGACAUUGACGGCGAUGCUUCGUUCAGUAUGACCGCGAUGGAACUUGCCACCGCUUCUCAAUACAAUAUCGGUGUCAAGGUUCUUGUGUUGAACAACGAGUUCCAAGGGAUGGUUCUUCAGUGGCAAGACCUAUUUUACGAUGCGAGGUACUCGCACACGAAGAUGACAAACCCUGACUUCGUCUUGCUCGCCAAAUCUAUGGGCGUUCAUGCCAUCCGGUGCAGCAAUGUGGCUGAGUUGCCUGCCAAGAUGAAAGAAUUUCUCGAGUAUGAUGGGUCGAGACCCAUUCUGAUGGAGUGUGUGGUGGAGAGGAACGAACACGUGUUCCCUAUGGUCCCUGCUGGUAAAGCUCUGCACGAGCAGAUCCUGCACCCCUCCCUGAGGAUAAAAUCAUAAACGUGCCAGUGAGAGAACCACCUAUCGCUUUCGACGUUGUACAUUACCAGCGCGGGGAGUUUUUUUCAUUCACGAGAUCCUAUUCUGAAGGCAGUUUUUUUGGUUUGAUAAAUUCAACAUGUGUACUAACAUUUCUUCAUGCGUACCUACACCGGAGCUUUUAAAAAUAGGACGCGUAGUCCUCAUCUUGCUUUCACACUGCAUCUAUAUACGUCGGGCUUGAUAUGCUUUAUGCGCGCUAGAACGGGAGUGGCAUCCUUAUCAUACGCUUGUGGCUGACGAACACACGCACUUUCCUUGAAUUCAUUUGAAUCUGACCCCCUAUCGCUUGGAU